CGCCCCAAUUGCAUUCACCCCCAUCACCAACUUCCGGCAGAAGCCUCAACUCCAGCUGCACCAGCAUCGGCUCAAGCCCAUUACACCUCCAACUCCGUCCAACCUCCGCCGACUACGCGAUCCUCGCCGGACCAAAACCAAAAGGCACAAAAAGAUCAAAAUGCCGACCCCCGAAUCCGCCGCCUUUCUCGCUAAAAAGCCUACCGUCCCGCCGACCUACGAGGGCGUCGACUACGAAGACAACGUCGCCGUCCACAAUGCCCGCGACGCCAUUAUCCGCGAGCAAUGGGUCCGCAGCAUGAUGUCGCGACUUGUCGGCGAAGAAUUAGGGAAGUGCUAUGCGCGGGAGGGCGUGAACCACCUCGAGAAGUGUGGGAAGUUGAGGGAGAAGUACUUCGAAUUGCUGAGCGAGAGGAAGAUUAAGGGAUACCUAUUCGAGGAGAAGAACUAUUUCUCAAAGUCCACGUAAGGAAUUGGAGAAUGAGCAAGGGUUUAGACGGGGUUUCUUACUACAAUUUUUUUUCCUUGUGUUUUUAGCAGCUGAUGUACUACCAAUGUACUUUUUUCGUUGACUCAUUUACGAAUACCUUUUAUUACUUUGAGCCAAUUUGGUACGCAGACUACGUUUAGAUUGUUGGUAAAUGGUUGAAAACAAUGGGUUGAGAAACUUGUUUUGUGAUCAAUGUGGUCUGUUCGUAUACACAUCCCGAUAUACAAAAGAUGGUGGUAUAUCCAACCGCCAAAAGCAAUGAAGUAGACCUG